AUGUUGGUCCCGGAAAGACGGAUUAGUUGUCAUGGUGGAUACGGUUUUGGAGCUCGCAACGACGACGGGUUGCGAAUCCUGGGUCCUGUUCUACCAAUUACUGCCGUCGAAGUCAGUGCUGCCCUCGCAAAAAUAAAGUCGAACAAGGCAACCGGUCCUGAUGACAUACCUGCUGAUGUCUGGAAGCUGCUAGGAGAUCGAGAGUCCGUGUGGCUCGCAACUCUAUUUAAAAAGAUCGUUGCAGAAGGACGGACUCCAGACGUUUGGCAAACUUCCAUGACCGUGCUUGUCUGGAAAGGGAAAGGAGACAUUGCUGACUGCAAUUCGUACAGGCCUAUACGACUGCUCUGCCAUACGAUGAAGGUUUUUGAGCGUGUCCUGGAAGCUCGUCUGAGGAAAAUUGUUAGCGUUUCACUCAACCAGUGCGGUUUUGUGAAGGACUGCGAUAUAGAUGCUAUCCAUGCGUCCGAAUCCUCCUGGGGAAACAUCGAGAGAAGAACCGCAGUGUGUCUUGUUUUCUCGAUCUCGGAAAGCUUUCGACCGUGUCCCACAUGGCUGUUAUGGAUGUCCAUGAGGUCGCAUAGAGUACCAGAAGAAUAUGUGCGGUGGACGAAGCUGCUUUAUGGAAGCCUACCAGCGUUGUACGAUGUGCUGUUGGAACAAGCAGGCCAUUCCCUGUACGAGUAG